GUCUUAUUCUGUGAAAUAACCUGGUAUGAUCUGUCUUGACAGGCUUUGAAUCCAGACAGACCUGUCGUCUUUAUAAACACAGAUUUGUUGCUUGCAUUUGAAACAAAUGACCGUAAAGCUGUAAAUAACCCAAUGGAAGCAAAUAUCAUUGCUGAGAUAGUGCGUAGGUUGUUGAGCAGAGGUAUAUUGGAGGAAGAUAUAGGCAUCAUUACACCCUACAACUCUCAGGCAGAUCUUAUCCGGCAAUCUGUUUCCACAUCAGUGGAGAUACAUACCAUUGAUAAAUACCAGGGAAGGGAUAAAGAUUGCAUUCUGCUAUCCUUCGUAAGGUCAAGUGAAAAUCCAAGAAACUAUGUUUCUUCAUUGCUUGGAGACUGGCACAGGAUUAACGUGGCUCUUACACGUGCUAAGAAGAAGUUGAUAAUGGUAGGUUCAUGCAUUACACUGUCAAGCGUGCCUCUGCUAAAACUUCUCAUAGAAAAGGUGGAAGAACAAG